GGAGCUUAAUUUUCAAAACGCAACAAAUCGAGAGAACACGAAGACGAUUCAGUUAGAAAAGUUUGAUACUUUUAGUUUCCUGAUUUCUGUUUUCCCCGGGAAAGUUUUCAGAAUCGGAGAAAGAAAAAGAAAAUGAGUGCUGUUGCGAUAAACCACUUGUUCGGCUUUCCGGAGACGAUCGAGAAGCUGAUUCUCCCGAUCCCUCGUUCCGGCGAAGGUAACAAUACCGAGUCUCGAGUUGGAGGAGGAAGUAACAACAUCCCAAUCGACAUUUUGGAAUCUUCUAAAGAAUACAUAUUUUAUCUUGACAUCCCCGGAAUCUCAAAAUCCGAUAUCCAGGUGACUGUGGAUGAAGAGAGGACGUUGGUGAUUAAAAGUAAUGGGAAGAGGAAGAGAGAUGAUGAUGGUGAAGAAGGUUCUAAGUACAUUAGACUUGAGAGGAGACUUGCUCAGAAUCUUGUUAAGAAGUUCCGCUUACCGGAAGAUGCUGACGUGUCUGCCGUUACGGCUAAGUAUCAAGAUGGGGUUUUGACUGUCACCGUUGGCAAGUUACCGCCGCAGCCACCUAAGCCUAAGACUGUUCAAAUCGCUGUUUCUUGAGUAUGGUUUCUUCUUCGUGUUUUUUGUUUGUGUCUGCUCUAGUUUGUUGUUUUUUUUUGGAUCUGUAAGGACUCUGUUCUGUCUCAUGUUUUCUGGUACAUGUCAAUAACCACAAGGUUGGAUCUUUAAGGAUUCUUGUUCCUUUGUAAAGCGGUUGUUUCAGUUUCCUUGUCUAGUUCCUUGUUAAUUAAGAACAGAUGAUUUGUUGUGA